GCGUGGAACGCCACGUAAGCCCUCCAGGCUCCGGCGGCCAAGAGUGGGGGUAGAAGGCUCUGGAGCCCGCGGGGGUCGGGGGAGAGGCGACGGCGGCGCUCAGCGAUGACGCACCGUGGCGUGCGCGGUGACGGCAGUGGCCGCGGCGCAGGGGCGGGGCGAAGGCUGCGGCGGCGUCGGGCACGCGCACACGUUGCAUUCUCUUGCUUCGAGCCGGUGCUGCGUGGUGCGGGCGCCCGCCAGGCAGACUGACAAACCAGCCGACUGGUGGCGAUGGCGACGCUCUGUCUGACUGUGAAUUCGGGAGACCCUCCUCUGGGAGCUUUGCUGGCAGUAGAACAUGUGAAAAACGAUGUCAGCAUUUCCAUUGAAGAAGGGAAAGAGAAUAUUCUUCGCAUUUCUGAAAAUGUGGUAUUCACAGAUGUGAAUUCCAUACUUCGCUACUUGGCCAGAGUUGCAACUACAGCUGGGCUCUAUGGCUCUAACCUGAUGGAACAUACUGAGAUUGAUCACUGGUUGGAGUUUAGUGCUACAAAAUUGUCUUCAUGUAAUUUGUUUACUUCUGCAAUCAGUGAGCUCAACCAUUGCCUGUCUCUGAGAACAUACUUAGUUGGAAACUCCUUGAGCUUAGCAGAUUUAUGUGUUUGGGCCACUCUGAAAGGAAAUGCUGAAUGGCAGGAACAGUUGAAACAGAACAAAGCUCUAGUUCAUGUGAAACGCUGGUUUGGCUUUCUUGAAGCGCAGCAGGCCUUCCGGUCAGUAGGUACUAAGUGGGAUGUUUCACCAACCAAAGCUAGAGUGGCACCUGAGAAAAAGCAAGAUCUUGGGAAAUUUGUUGAGCUUCCAGGUGCAGAGAUGGGAAAGGUUACUGUCAGAUUUCCUCCAGAGGCUAGUGGUUACUUACACAUUGGGCAUGCAAAAGCUGCUCUUCUGAACCAGCACUACCAGGUUAACUUUAAAGGGAAACUGAUCAUGAGAUUUGAUGACACAAAUCCUGAAAAAGAAAAGGAAGAUUUUGAGAAGGUUAUCUUGGAAGAUGUUGCAAUGUUGCAUAUCAACCCGGAUCAAUUUACUUACACCUCGGAUCAUUUUGAAACUAUAAUGAAGUAUGCAGAGAAGCUAAUUCAAGAAGGGAAGGCUUAUGUGGAUGAUACUCCUGCUGAGCAGAUGAAGGCAGAACGUGAGCAGAGGAUAGAAUCCAAACAUAGAAAAAAUUCUAUUGAGAAGAAUCUACAAAUGUGGGAAGAAAUGAAAAAAGGGAGCCAGUUUGGUCAGUCUUGUUGUUUGCGAGCAAAAAUUGACAUGAGUAGUAAUAAUGGGUGCAUGAGGGACCCAACCCUUUAUCGCUGCAAAAUUCAACCACACCCAAGAACUGGAAAUAAAUACAAUGUUUAUCCAACAUACGAUUUCGCAUGCCCCAUAGUUGACAGCAUCGAAGGUAUUACACAUGCCCUGAGAACAACAGAAUACCAUGACAGAGAUGAACAGUUUUAUUGGAUUAUUGAAGCUUUAGGCAUAAGAAAACCAUAUAUUUGGGAAUAUAGCCGGCUAAAUCUCAACAACACAGUGCUGUCCAAAAGAAAACUCACAUGGUUUGUCAACGAAGGACUAGUAGAUGGAUGGUAUCUCGGUUCCCAUAAGGCCAAAACACCCAUGACUCGAAAUCAAUAUGUAGAUGGUCUCUGCCUUGGUAGUGAGGACCCACUUUGUGAAGCAGUUGCCCACAGGAUUCAGCGCCUAGAAAAAGUUAUUGACCCGGUGGCUCCACGAUACGUUGCAUUACUGAAGAAAGAAGUGAUCCCAGUGAAUGUCCCUGAAGCUCAGGAGGAGAUGAAAGAAGUCGCCAAACACCCAAAGGUUACCCUGAAGUUUCAUCAAUCAGAUGGAAAAAUUGUAUCUCUUGAUGCAAAACUGAAUUUGGAGAACAAAGACUACAAGAAAACCACUAAGAUCACUUGGCUUGCAGAGACUACACAUGCUCUUCCUAUUCCAGCAAUCUGUGUCACGUAUGAGCACUUGAUCACAAAGCCAGUGCUAGGAAAAGAUGAGGACUUUAAGCAGUAUGUCAACAAGAACAGUAAGCACGAAGAACUAAUGCUUGGGGAUCCCUGCCUUAAGGAUUUGAAAAAAGGAGACAUUAUACAACUCCAGAGAAGAGGAUUCUUCAUAUGUGAUCAACCUUAUGAACCUGUUAGUGGGUCUCUCGGAGAAGCACUCCCUGUGGCCAUUAAGGUUUGGAAUGAGUCAGGAAUCCGCCUAGGAGGCAGGGUCAGGAGGGACAUUAGAUGGAAGCACAGCUCCUGUCGUCAUCACACAGGUGUGGAUUUGAGAGGUGGUGAUGUGUCUAGAGAAACAUCUGCUCCUUUUAAGGAAAGUCCAGCACCUUCCGUGAAUAAUACUUGUGCUACAUCUGAAGAUUCCUUGGCCCUUUACAAUAGAGUGGCUGUUCAAGGAGAUGUGGUUCGUGAAUUAAAAGCCAAGAAAGCAGCAAAGGAAGACAUAGAUGCAGCUGUAAAACAGCUUUUGUCUUUGAAAGCUGAAUAUAAGGAGAAAACUGGCCAGGAAUAUAAACCUGGAAAUCCUCCUACUGCAGUAAUACAGAAUAUUUCUUCUACAUCAUCAGCAAGUAUUGUGGAACAUAAAUCUCUGUAUGAUGAAGUUGCUGCACAAGGGGAGGUGGUUCGUAAGCUAAAAGCUGAAAAAGCUUCUAAGGCUAAAAUAAAUGAAGCUGUAGAAUGCUUACUGUCCCUGAAAGCUCAGUAUAAAGAAAAAACUGGGAAGGAGUACAUACCUGGUCAGCCUCCAUUAUCUCAAAGUUCAGAUUCAAGUCCAACCAGAAACUCUGAGCCUGCUGAUCCAGAAACAUCAGAAGCCAAAGUACUUUUUGACAAGGUAGCUUCUCAAGGAGAAGUAGUUCGGAAACUUAAAGCUGAAAAAGCCUCUAAGGAUCAAGUAGAUACAGCUGUACAAGAUCUCCUUCGGCUGAAGGCACAGUACAAGUCUCUGACAGGAGUAGAAUAUAAGCCUGUGUCUGCCACUGGAGCUGAGGACAAGGAUAAGAAGAAGAAAGAAAAAGAAAAUAAAUCUGAAAAGCAGAAUAAGCCUCAGAAACAAAAUGAUGGCCAAAAGAAAGACUCUUCUAAAAACCAAGGAAGUGGGCUGCCUUCAUCAGGUGGGGCAGGAGAAGGGCAAGGGCCUAAGAAACAGACCAGGUUGGGUCUUGAGGCAAAAAAAGAAGAAAAUUUUGCUGAUUGGUACUCUCAAGUCAUCACAAAGUCAGAAAUGAUUGAAUACCACGACGUAAGUGGCUGCUACGUUCUUCGUCCCUGGGCCUAUUCCAUUUGGGAAUCCAUCAAGGACUUUUUUGAUGCUGAGAUCAAGAAACUUGGUGUUGAAAACUGCUAUUUCCCCAUGUUUGUGUCUCAAGGUGCAUUAGAGAAAGAGAAGAAUCAUAUUGCUGACUUUGCCCCUGAGGUUGCUUGGGUUACAAGAUCGGGCAAAACAGAGUUGGCAGAACCAAUUGCCAUUCGUCCUACUAGUGAAACAGGUGAGAAUGGGCCUUGGAGUCGUUGGGAGUUCAAGCACCCUCAGCCUUUCCUGCGUACUCGUGAAUUCCUUUGGCAGGAAGGGCACAGUGUUUUCGCUACUGUUGAAGAAGCAACAGAAGAGGUCUUGCAGAUACUUGACUUAUAUGCUCGAAUAUAUGAAGAACUCCUGGCAGUUCCUGUUGUGAAAGGAAGAAAAACUGAAAAAGAGAAAUUUGCAGGAGGAGACUAUACAACUACAAUAGAAGCAUUUAUAUCUGCUAGUGGAAGAGCUAUUCAGGGAGGAACAUCACAUCAUUUAGGGCAGAAUUUUUCCAAAAUGUUUGAAAUCGUUUUUGAAGAUCCAAAGACACCAGGAGAGAAACAAUUUGCCUAUCAAAACUCCUGGGGCCUGACAACUCGAACUAUUGGUGUUAUGACCAUGGUUCAUGGGGACAACAUGGGAUUAGUGUUACCACCCCGUGUAGCCUGUGUUCAGGUGGUGGUUAUUCCUUGCGGCAUUACAAAUGCACUUUCUGAGGAAGACAAAGAAGCGCUGGUUGCAAAAUGCAAUGAUUAUCGAAGGCGGCUGCUCAAUGUUAACAUUCGAGUUAGAGUCGAUUUGCGAGAGAACUAUUCUCCGGGUUGGAAAUUCAAUCACUGGGAGCUCAAGGGUGUUCCAAUUAGACUUGAAGUUGGGCCACGUGAUAUGAAGAGCUGUCAGUUUGUAGCUGUCAGGCGAGAUACUGGAGAAAAGCUGACAGUUGCUGAAAGUGAGGCUGAGACUAAACUUCAGGCAAUUUUGGAAGACAUCCAUGUUACCCUUUUCACAAGGGCUUCUGAAGACCUGAAGACUCAUAUGGCUGUGGCUAAUACAAUGGAAGACUUUCAGAAGAUACUAGAUUCUGGAAAGAUUGCUCAGAUUCCAUUCUGUGGGGAAAUUGACUGUGAAGACUGGAUCAAAAAGACCACUGCCAGGGAUCAAGAUCUUGAACCUGGUGCUCCGUCCAUGGGCGCUAAAAGCCUUUGCACCCCCUUCAAACCACUCUGUGAACUGCAGCCUGGAGCCAAAUGCAUCUGUGGCAAGAAGCCUGCCAAGUACUACACCCUAUUUGGUCGUAGUUACUAAAGGAUAAAACAAAACCCCCUCUCCAGUUCUCCUGACUUUUUAAAAAAACUGAUAUUAAUAUCUUCUCAGAUACAGUUUUAUGAUUUUUUUUAAAUAAAAGCUCUAAAAGGAAGUCACAUGACACAAUUAUUCUUAUGCCCAAAUUAACUGUGGAAAAGGCUUUUCUGUAAACAACCCCAGUAAUAAAUAUCAUACACUAA